AUGUCGGGGAUCGGGAGCGGGUACGACCUGAGCACGACGACGUACUCGCCGGAUGGGAGGGUGUUUCAGGUGGAGUACGCGGGAAAAGCGGUGGACGCGGGCGGGUUGACCGUGGGCGUGAAGUGCGUCGAUGGCGUCGUCAUCGCGUGCGAGAAGCUGGUGCCGAGUAAGCUGCAUAAACCCGGAACGAAUCGACGGACGCGCGCGGUGGCGAGACACGCCGGUGUUGGCGGGAGCGGAUACACGCCGGAUCUCGCGGCGGUGGCGGAUCGGGCGAGGGCGGAGUGCGCGAAUUAUAAAUCCUUCUACGGCGAUGCGAUCCCGGGGAAGGUGUUGGCGGAACGCAUGGCGCAUUACUAUCACUUGUUCACGCUGUACUGGAGCGUUCGGCCGUUCGGGUGCUCGACCUUGCUCGGUUGCAAAGACUUUGACGGGUACCACCUGUACUUGGUGGAGCAAAACGGCGAGUGCGCGAAGAUGCGCGGGGCGUGCAUUGGAAAGGGGAAAAACGCGGCGAAGACUGAGGUUGAAAAAUUGAAGUUGAACGAGAUCACGUGCGCGGAGGCGGUGAAGGAGCUGGCGCGGAUCGUGUACGCCACGCACGACGUCAAGGACAAGGAGUUUGAGUGCGAGAUGAGCUGGGUGUGCGACGCGAGCGACGGCGAAUUCGUUCGCGUCCCCGAAGACAUCGCCGAGCCCGCGAGAGAGGCCGCUCGCGUCGCCGCGCAGGGCGACGCCAUGGAAUCGUGA